GACGCUGUAACUUUUUCAUGUAUGUGCUUCCGAUCAGCUCCUGCAGCGCAAAAGGCGCCCUGCAAACCCAGCGCGCUGGGAAACGCUGUAGGUGUGUUGCAAGGAAGGAGCUCCUCUUCUCCCCCAUCCCCUGGAGCCAGAAACCCAGGGGCGCCGUUUCCACCCAGAGAGGCCAGUUUCACAACCCGGCGCGGGUCCCCGGAGGGGGAGCACGGAGCGGCCAUUAACUCUUGCAGGGCCUGACUUGCGGCGCCUGCGCUGGUGCUGCUGGGUGUGAGCAGCGGCGCGAGCGGGCUGUCCCGGGGCGCAGCGCCGAGCCGAGCCGAGCCGAGCCAUGGUGAAGAUCAGCUUCCCGCAGCCGGCGGCCGGGCUCAAGCCGGAGAAGGCGGCAGAGGGCGAUGGGGCCAAUUCGGAAAUUCUUCUGCCUCCGUGCGGGGAGGAGGAGGAGCAGCCUCUCCCAAUGCAAACAAGGAGGUCGUCUCUCAGUGGGUUAUGCUACUUGACUAUGGGCCUCAUUGUUUUGCUCCUGGGCCUUGUGUUUGCAUCCAUGUAUGUCUACAGAUAUUUCUUCAUUACCCAGUUUCCACAGCUUCCCCGGGAGAGCGUGUUCCACUGUGGGGUCCUCUUCGAAGACUCUCUCUACUCGCCAUUUAAGGGGCAGUUGGAGUUGCAUGAGGAUGUGAAGAUUUACAUUGAGGAGAACUAUGAGCAGAUCAACAUCCCAGUUCCCCAGUUUGGGGGGAGUGACCCUGCAGAUAUAAUCCACGAUUUCCAGCGGGGAUUGACUGCCUAUCAUGACAUAGCCCUGGAUAAAUGCUAUGUCAUUGAACUGAACACCACUAUUGUGAUGCCACCUCGCAAUCUCUGGGAAUUGCUGGUUAAUAUGAAGAAAGGAACGUACCUGCCUCAGACGUACAUAAUCCAAGAGGAGAUGAUCGUUACAGAGCAUGUCAAUGACAUGGAGCAGCUUGGCUCCUUUAUCUACCGCCUGUGCAACGGCAAAGAGACUUACAGGCUGAAGCGGAGGACUGCUAGGAGACGUAUCAAUCGACGUGAGGCUGGAAACUGUAAUCACAUUCGCCACUUUGAAAACACUUUUGUGGUUGAAACUGUUAUCUGCAAAAAGUCAUGAAGCAGCUCUUCAAACGUAACCCUCCUCUGCUUUGCUUGCACAAACGGAUCCUCUCCUUAGAAGUGAUCAUCUGUCUUACUUUUUUACUCUCCCCUGCUUGGGCAGCACUAACUUCUCCGAUCCCUUGUGAUUAUACAUUGGACUCUAUUGUCUCUGUACUGUAUGUACUACUUACUUGGGACUCUUCGUUGGGCUUAAAUUUACACAGUAAACCAAAAUGCAACUCAGAAUAGACUCAGCCAUUUGUGAACACAGCAGGACAGGAAUCCCAUCAUGGAGGAUACAUGCUCUGGGAAGUGUGGGGAUGGAAAUGAAGGGUAAGAAUAGCAUGCAGUGUAGAAAUGUUUCAUCUGCUGGAAUCAGUGGGUGGUUUCAUGCAGACAUAAUGGUGGCACAGAAAAGCCAAAGUAAAAUAAUGCCAUUGAAGGGGGGUUACCAUUUGGAUGUAGUAACUAGCAGAACGCUGUUAGAUGCAGUAAGAAUACAGGUCUGAGGUUUGCAAAUGCUGCAUCUAGGGAAGUUCUGCACAUAGAGAAUUUCUGCCAAACUAAGUAAUAACUCUUAGUGUAAAUUCUUGUUCCAAGUCAUCCAGUGAGCGUGCCUGCUAAGAGCCUAUUUCACAAACAACAAAUGAAGCCUUUACACACUCCUUGUGCACAUUGCUCUGAAAUUAUCUCACAGUGUACUUUUCUGAGCAAGGACUAUCUGAUUCUGUACCCAUUGACCAUUCUGUGCCCCGCAGCUGAUCUGCAGGUGGGGGUAGGGUGGGGAGUGGGAGGGUGGAUUCUGGAAGGAGUCAAAGGCAAAAAAGUGUGACUAAAUUGAAUAGAGACUGAUUCAAGCUUCAUUGCUUCAUGACCACAAAGAAGUGAAUGGAACACAAGUGUAUAUUUAUAUCCCAGCACAAAUAAUAGGCCCAGCUUUGGGUAACUUUUGAUAGCACAUUGAUAUUUUCACCAGGAGGACACUGUUCUUCAGCAUUUAGCCCAACAUAUUGAGCGCAAACAUUUAUCUUUUUAUACUGGGCGGACAGGCCUUCACUUUCCACAUAUUUUCCUGAAGUAAAUAAAGGGGCAGAGCCUCAACUGGUGUAAAUUGUCAUCGCUCCAUUGCAGUCCUUUAAAUCAAUGGAACUAUGAAACUUUACACCGGUUAAGAAUCUGCCCCAUACAGUUCUAACUACUGCAAUCCAUAUUUUAAAAAAAAAGAUUCCAUACUUAUUUUCUAUCUGAAUAUCUCCACUGGUCUCACAUUAUCAGAGGCUUGUGGUCCUAUCCCAUUUCACAUAUCCCUUCUCUGUCUGACAGUCUGAGCUAUGGGGUACUCCCCUUCUCCCUGGGGCCUGGAGGCAGACCAGCUAAUUGGUUGUAUGCUAGGGGCAAGGAACAGCCCUUCAUUGGAAUUCGGCAGAGUUCUCUGCCUCCAUUUUUAUGCAAGUGGUAUGUUAAGGGGGUCUGCUUCUUUGGGGACUUUGAAGAUCUUAAUGUAAUAGUUAAGCAGCUUUUUCAUUUUUUUUUUUUUUUUAACAUUCAUUUUCCUUACUUUAACCUGCCAGGAUCUUUAAUGUGUCCCUGGCCCAUCGUGCAAGCGCAAGCAGUGACCCCAGCUUCAGAGCUUGUAGAGGUAGCAGCAUCAGUGUGAACAGUCUGUGUUUUUUGAGAGAGUUCUCUUGUAUAGUGUGAAACAGUCCUCCUUUUGUAGCAUCACAAGCACUUACGUGGGCUAUUUUUAUGCCAAUAAGUAUUGUCUAGCCAUAGUACAAUCUUGCAGAACUAACUGGCAUGUUAAAAGAGACCACUCAACACCCAUAUAGUUUUUUUUAAAAAUGCUGAACUACAGAUGUGAUGGAAUCCUUGUAUAGACAUUGAAACAAGACCAAGAUUUGGUUGAUCAAUAUAGUGCAUAGAAAUAGUGUGAACUGAACUGCAUGUCUAUUGAUCAGCAAAAAAAAAAAAAAAGAAAAGUAUUUUUCACUUUGCUCCAUAACUAUAGUUAAAAUUAAGUAGGCCCUUGAAACGCAGGCAGUUUUUUGUUUUUGCUUGUGUGAAUGGAGUUAAUUUCAAAUUGGCACAGUCUUUUUAAUUGGUUUCCAGCAAAUCUGGACUUGUUCCCCAUCUGUUGAAAUGAGCUUAAUGUUUUAGAAAGAGGAAAGAUAAAGUAAAAGCAAGUACAAUCAUUAACUCAGCAGAACCAAAAAAAAAGAGAUGUUUUGUGAUAGACAACUUUAAAGUAGUAAUGCUGUGAAUUAAUUAUAUGAAACCAAAAGCAGAAGUUUUAGGCAAGCAUGCAGCACAACGGUAAUUUGUCUGUCCUGAGAUAUUGAGGGUUAUUUUUUAUAUAAACCUAUAUAAAGAAAUUGUUAAAUUUUAACCUGUCAGAAUGCAGAUUUUUUUUUUAGACUUACUCUAAUGUUUAAGUUUAUGGAAAAUGAAAAGUCCUGUACAAUUCACACAGCUUAGUAAGGUAUGUUUCCCCCAACACCAGUAGGGUAUGUGCUUUAUGUAUAAUUAGAUUUUUCAAAACACAAAAUUCUCUCUUUUGUCCUAACUCUACUUUGCAAAGUGGAUCACUAAUGUAUAUUGGGAGUGGGGGAGGGAAAUGAGCAAAUAUCAGUUUGCUUGAUGCAAAUACAGCAAACUGGUAAAUUUAAGCCCUGCAUUUAUUUUUGCUUUUAGGAAUCUCAGCCAACCUGCACUCAGGUGGAAAUAUAAACUUUUUUCCCUUUUCCUUCUGAUUCUGCAUGUUUUAACUGGUCAUUAAAUAUGCUAACUAUGUGCAAUCCAUGAACUUAAGAACAAGGCCUUAGUUCUUUAGCGUGAACUAAAGUAAUCACAGUUCAUAGGAUCAAAACAGCAGUUGUCUAGUAACAAAACUUAAAAUGCUUUGUAUAUUUUGUCUGUUAGAGAAAUCUGACCUGUUAAUAAAAUCUUUUACCUCUGA